AUGGCUAGUCAGGGGUGUAUUCUGCUGGGAGGGCUCCUGAAUGGGCGGAUGCGUAUCUGGGAGAUCUGUCUGGGAUAUCUGGAGGCCCAUCUUGGGAAGUGGACGGGGUUUGGCUUCUGUCGCUUUUGGGUUGUUGUCGAUGCUGGUGCUUACCAGCAGCUGGAGGCACUGGACCUUGGCGGCAUGCCGGCGUCGAUUUGA